AUGCCACGUAAGAGAAAAGCAAGACCGGAGCCCGACAACCCGGACCACGAGCAGGCCACCACGGAGGGAGGAGCGCACGUCGAUGCCGGCAUGAAAGGGAACGACUGCAGAGAAGAAGAUGGCGACGAAGCCGAUAACGACAACGGCUGCGUGCAGCACUUUAACAUCCCGUUCGACAACAAGUCGAUCGUAUGCGAACGUCGCGGCGGAAAGGAAGGCGAUGAAAAGCUGUCUCUCAUCUUCACCCACGGCGCGGGGGGAGGUAUCACCAGCCCAGCAACCAAAGACUUCGCCGACGGGUUCGCAGAAGUCGGGGACAUCGUUACGUUCAAGGGGGCCAUGAACCUGCAGUCGCGGGUCAAGACGUACCGGGCUGUGACCGAAUACCUCGACUUCGAUCCUGCUCCCGCGUUGGGGGGCAGGAGUAUGGGGGCUCGUGCUGCUGCUAUCUGCGCGACUGCGAUUCAUGAAGAAGACAGAGACAGAGACAGGAAGACGACGAAAACGAAAACGAAGGCGUUGGUGCUGGUCAGCUUCCCCCUGGUCGGCGCGAAGAACAAGGACUCCCGCGAGCAGAUCUUGCUCGACAUACCGGCCGGCAUCGAUGUGUUGUUCAUCACAGGUACUCGGGAUAGCAUGUGCGACGCCGAACACCUCGCCGAGGUAGCGGUGCGGAUGAAAGCGUCGUGCUGGUUCGUGCAGGUGCGAGAUGCCGACCACGGUAUGGCCUGGAAGGGGAAGGACUCUUCUGAGGUCAUGCGGCGGAAGACUGGCGCUAUUGCUGCUGGGUGGUUGGCGGAGGAGGGGAGAGAUGCGACGAAGCGGUACGGCUCAGUUAGCUGGGACGAAGACGCGGAGGAUAUUGACUGGUCGGGGUGGCGGGAGAACAACGAAAAGUAA